AUGGAAGAUUACGUGGGGAUGGUGGUUGGCAACAUUAGCACUGUGCUUGAGGUGGUGGACCUCAGGACUCAGCAGAAGCAGUUCGAGAAACUGGUGAAGGAUCUAAGGAAGAAGCUGGGGGACGAGAAGGUGAAGAGAAUGGUUUUGGAGGGCAUUUACAUGGUCAGCAUCGGAGGCAACGAUUACUUGAACCCGGUUCUCAACAAUCCAGCUUUGUUUCAGUCCAUUUCCAUGGAGGAUUACGUGGGGAUGGUGGUUGGUAACAUUAGCACUGUGCAGUGCUUGAGCUCGGGUCUGUACGAGGGGAACUAUAGCUACGGAGGUAUGAGAGGGGUGAGAGAGUACUCGUUGUGCCCUAAUCCGGAGGAGUAUGUGUUCUUCGAUUCCUACCAUCCGAGUGAGAGGGCUUAUUGGCAAUUCGCUCAAUUGAUGUGGAAUGGAAGUUGGCACACAACCUAG